CCUGGGAAAACAUCAAGAGAGCACAGAGCAAAUAUUUUCUUGUUGAAGAGCUGUGAUCUAAUAAUAUCUCCAGGUUUGGUUUUAUCAAAGCAGCAUUUCUGUCUGGUUUUGUUGGAAAAGAAAAGGAGUACAAUGGAGUCUCCGUUGCUGCUUUACCUAAUCCUGACCACAGUAACUUUUACAGAUUCUGUGCAGAGCCAAACCAUACAUGCUUCUGAGAACCCUUUACCAGUGGGGAAGAACGUGACCAUCUUCAGCAACACCACCGUUACCUUGGGAACAUGGACAUUCAACGGCAAUCUCCAGGCAUUAAUUUACCCUGGAGGGUUUUCUUUAAGUAACGCUAAAAGAGACAGAUUAAUUUUUAAUUCCAGCUCGUCGUCUCUGACUAUAAUAUCAGCACAACUGAACGACUCAGGAGUGUACCAGUUAGAACAACUGGAUAAGUUUUUUGUUCAGUUGUGGCUGUCGGUCCAAGAGCCCAUUUCAAAUGUGACUUUAUCAGCACAAAGGACGAAUCUGGUGGAGUUCAAUGACACAGCAGUCUUUAACUGCUCAGUCUCCACCGGAUCGUCUUUGUCUUAUGAAUGGUUGGCAGGAAACUCUACAAUAUCAAGCCGUGCAGGUGUGCAGCUCAGCAAUGGCGGUGCCACUCUUCGCAUAGUCGGGGUGACCCGCUAUGACCAGGGAUCAUACAGGUGCAAUGUGUCCAAUGGACUCGGAUAUGAAGUCAGCCCACCUGUUUAUCUGAACAUCAGCUACGGUCCAAAUAAUGCAACCAUGACAGUCAACCCUGUAAGCAACAUGUACAGAUCAGGAUCUAACAUCACGCUGUCAUGCUCUGUGGAGUCCAGCCCCACAGCAAUGGUCAAGUGGAUGUUUAAUGGAGUCGACCUUAACCAGUUUGGUUUACAGCUUCACCUGCAGAAUGUCAAAGAAAACAACUCAGGAACUUACAAAUGUUUAUUUCACAACACGGUCACAAUGCUGUUCAGCAAUGACAGCACAGUGAUACAAGUGAUGGAUCCGUUAUCAGCAGUGGUCAUGAGGUUUACUAAUGGACCAGCAAUACUAGAUGAAGCGUUUACUCUCCAAUGUGAAGUGACUGGACCUAUUGGCUUCAUCCAGUGGUGGAAAAAUGGCAGCCGAAUUACUCCUGACAAGAGAACUAUGUUUGACAACGACAACAAGACUCUAACUCUCAAUCCAGUCCAAUUUUCUGAUGGUGGACUCUACAUGUGUCAGGGUUUUAAUCUCGUGAGCAACAUGACCAGCGGCCACUUUGCUGUGGUGGUGAACUAUGGACCAAUGAUGCCAACUGUAACGGGACCAAAUGUGGUGAAGUCAGGAGACAAUGUUACACUCAAGUGCACAGCAGAAUCUGUUCCAUCGAGUUUCUACCAAUGGCACUUCAAUGGUUCUGUGGUGUCCAACAUGUCUGAGUUUAUGAUACCUUCUCUCACUAAAGGAAUGAGUGGGGUGUACACCUGCAUGGCCUUAAACAACAUCACAGGGAAGAACAGCACUGCCAGCAUAACGCUUACAGUUGUUGAUCCAAUACAAAAUGUAAAAGUACAAGCACAGAAUGAUUCUGCCAUCGAGGGUAAUCCACAUGUUUUAACUUGCAAUAUAAUUGGUCCGGCUGAUAAUAUUUACUGGAUGAAGAAUGCUGAGCCAUUAUAUUCGGAUAACAGAACUGGUUUCUUCAUGAGUAACAUGACAAUCAAAUUUAUGGCAUUGAACCGUUCUGAUACCGAAAACUACCGAUGUCUUGCAAUUAAUGCUGUGGGAAACAUGACCAGUGAUCCUUACAAACUGCUUGUCACCUAUGGACCAGACACUCCAGAAAUAAUGGGACCCAAAGUUGCCAAGACAGGAGACAAUGUUACAUUCAAGUGCACAGCAGAAUCUGUUCCACCGAGUCUCUACCAAUGGCACUUCAAUGGUUCUGUGGUGUCCAACAUGUCUGAGUAUAUGACACCUUCUCUCACUGAAGGAAUGAGUGGGGAGUACACCUGCAUGGCCUUAAACAACAUCACAGGGAAGAACAGCACUGCCAGCAUAACGCUUACACUUGUUGCAUCAAUUAAAAAUGUUCAAAUACAUACACCAACAUUGGACGCUUUGGAAGGCUACUCGUACAAUUUAACAUGCAAUGUAACUGAAACUGUGGAUAAUAUUUACUGGAUGAAAAAUGGUGAACGAUUGCAUCCAGACAACAACACUGUUUUCUCUAUGGACAACAAGAAAGUCAUGUUUAUGCCAGUAGACCGUUAUGAUGCUGGAGACUAUGAAUGCAUGGCUAUGAAUGCUGUUGGAAAUCGGACAAGCAGUGCUUACAUGCUUCAGGUCAACUUUGGACCAGAUAAUCCCAUAAUUGUUGGGCCGGAUAUUGCAGAAGAAGGACGAAACGCAGUCUUCAACUGUUCUGCCGCAUCGAUGCCUUCCUGCACCUACAGUUGGUGGUUUAAUGACUCCUUGAUGGCCAAUACCUCUGAGUUCACAGCUGGCCCUCUAGCUUUCAACAUGAGUGGCUCAUAUACAUGUGUGGCCCACAAUUAUGUGACAGGAAUGAAGAGCAAAAAUUCAACAAAGCUCAUCGUUAUAGAAGCAAUACAUUCAGUCAUGAUUCAAAGCAAUUCGACUCCAAUAAGCAAUGAAAACUUUACCCUCACAUGUCACGUUGUUGGGCCCUAUGACGACCUCUACUGGAUGAAAGAUGACAUGAAGCUCAACCUGAAUGCCUCCGACCCAGCCUCAUCCAUGUACAUUACUGAAAAGAACAUUCUGCACUUCACCCAACUGACAACACAGAGUAACGGGUCCUAUCAGUGUGUCGCUACCAACAGGGCUGAUCAUCAUAAGAGCCCACAGUACAAACUUCUUGUAAACUAUGGUCCUUUGUAUAUGAAGAUUUCUGGUCCAGAGUCAGCAAAAGAUGGUGCCAAUGUGUCUCUGACUUGCACUGCUGAGUCUUACCCGGAGUGUGACUUCCAGUGGUUCUUAAAUAAUCAAUCAUCACCUCUUGUGAACGGAUCUGUUAUCAGUUUCUAUGCAACUAGAGGACAAGCAGGGAAAUAUAUAUGCAUCGCAACAAACCCGGUGACAAACAUCACAAUGGAGCAAACUAAAAAUUUUGCUAUUGAAGAUCAUGCCUCUGCAAACCACAUCACAAACAAAGGAGCUGUGCUGCUCAUGGGUUUGUGUUCUGUCCUUGUUCACCUGCUCCUCCUCUGAGUCCUGGCUGACAGACCACCUGCUCCCGCUACAGCCUUCAACAACAAUCUCACAAUGUUACUACUGAAAUGACACAACAAUCUCUGUGUUUGGGUUCAAAUUUAACAAUCUAUAUGCUUCUCCAGUUCUAUCACUGUUGUUAAGUUUAUUAUUGGCUUGUCCCAUGUACAAAUAUAGUACAAGGCAUAUCUGUGCUGUUUGACAAUAAUAGUCAUGAGUGCAAUUAUUUUAAAUAGCCUGCAAAACCCUUCAGUACAAAUUACAGAUUCUUCACACUUAAUACCUGAUCUUUUCCUUAGAUAACCAAUCAAUUACUAAUUAAUUAUCAUAUUUAAUGUAAGGUAUUGUUAUUACACACUUAUUUACUGGUGUUUACUAGCUAAUCAACAAAAUAAACAGAAACAUAGAUUAUAGAGACUUUAUUUAAGAGGUUAUAACAAUUUUGUGGUUACAUGGGAAAAUUGUAAUGUAAUCAGCACUUUGUUUAAAAUGUAAAAUAUGUAUGCAAAACAAUAUAAAAUAAAAUUUUAAAAAAUUACA